GCCGCUCCGAAGGUCCCGCGCUGCCGCCCGGCACCGCCCUCCGCAGGGCAGCGCUUCCGCUUCCCGCGGCCCCGGCCGGCUCUCCCUGCGCGCCCCGCGCGGCAUGGCGAGUUACAGCCGGGCGGCCCAGCAAUGGGCUACUUUUGGUAGAGCCUGGUACCUCCUCGAUGCGAAGAUGCAGCCCCCGGGAAAAAUAGCAGCUGCCACUGUUAUCAGACUCGAAGGCAGACAUAAACCUAUUUAUCAUGCACUAAAUGACUGUGGAGAUCAUGUUGUCAUAAUAAAUACAAGACAUAUUGCGUUCUCUGGCAACAAAUGGGAACAGAAAGUAUAUUCUUCACAUACUGGUUAUCCUGGUGGUUUCAAGCAAGUGACAGCAACUCAGCUCCAUUUGAAGGAUCCAACUGCUAUUGUUAAAUUGGCUGUGUAUAGAAUGCUUCCAAAAAACCUUCAGAGAAGAACUCUGAUGCAGAGGCUACACCUGUUCCCCGAAGAUGUUAUUCCAGAAGAUAUAGAGAAGAACCUUCUACAAGAGAUUCCUCAGCCACGUGCAGUCCCCAAGAGGCUGGAUGAAUAUACACCAGAAGAAAUUGCUGCCUUUCCAAAAGUUUGGACUCCACCUAAAGAUUUUCGAAGGAAGUAAUAAGGAUGAAAGAAGUGCCAUCAGGAGUGUCUCUCCUCCUUCAAAGAAAAUUCUUCUAAUAUGGAAGCAUCUGUGCAGCUCAGUCAGCCCUUCUAUACUCAAUGUUUCUGACAGCUAUUGGCAAAUUUGACUUGGUAAGAUUAUAGAAGUCACUGUAUUUGAAACAGCUAAGAUUAGGUAUUAUCUUGUCAAUGCCAUCUGUACUUUGCAUUGUAUGAUCUGGUAUUUUUUCAUGACAUUUGAUUUGAUACUGUUAUUAAAGAAUUAAUACCUUUGUAAUGAGUAUUUGCAUCUCAUAGAAACAAUACAUUGAUGACUGCUAUGAAAUAGCUCACUGCUAACAACCCAGUGUAGAACAGAUUUCCUUGAAGAGCUUGUUGAAAUAACAGGCAUUAAAGGCAGAUCAACAGAGAGAUACUUUUCCUUUUUUCCGCCCUUCAGUCUCAAUCUGAUGUUCAUUCAAGUCACAGGAACAUGCCUUACCUACUUUAGGGAACAUAUUGCAGAACAGAGAAGCAUUUUAUUAUGAAAACUAAAUGAGGAAACCAAACUUAAGUGUUGAAUGAUGCAAAAAAAGUCUAAAAAUUCACUUCACUUUUGCAAGCUGUUCCGUAGAUAAGUAAAGCACCUGUUGUUUUCUGUCUUGUAGGAAAUGCUGGUACAUUAUGUGCCACAUUUUACAAUGUCUGGUGAGGAAAAUUUGAGUGUUCUACAUCUGUUUCAUACAAGCAUCAUACAGGAAGAAAAGCAGUUGUUUAUUUAUAACCAUAUUUCAUUACAUGAAAUAAUGGUUUGGUAUUGGGCCUUUCUUUGACAUUCAGAUGGACUUAUCCCAGGAAAAAUUCCCACCUAGUGAAUGUGCAGCCUUCACUUCCAAGUUAGUUAGUACACUGCAUUAACUAGUGAAAGUAUUUUUGAAAGGCCUAGGUUGCAGUAAAUGCUCUUUUCUGUGUAAGGACACAGUACACAGUUUAAUGGUAAGAUCUCUGUGCAUCGACUGUUCAUCAUGUGCUGAAUCCUUCAGUCAGCAGCUUCACUUUCUUAGGUGGUCUGGAAAAAAUACGAGACACUUAAAUAUUCAGAGACUGGAUUUUGGAGAAAAUCUUGAAUGGCGGGGUCUUACUUCUUUUGGAAAACAUACAAUUCCUGAAUAGUAGUUUUAUAAUUGGGUAGAGCACAGAGUAACUAGUUAGUUACCCUUUAUUACUAACUAGUUACUCUAAUAAUGAGUAACUAGUACUCUAAUAAAGAGUACUGUAAUAAAGAGUAACUCUAAUAAGGAGUGACUAUAUAUGAUUAAUGAUACCAGAAGCAUUCUGGUCAGCAUGGUGCCAGUAAAUGGCACAGUAAAUAGAAAGUUAAAAUAAAUUAACUGCUGCAAUUAAAGCUUGUGCUUUAGUAUAUAAACUGUUACAAAAUAUUAAUUAGUAUGGCCGUUUAUUUUCCCCAAGUCAUUUGUUUAAGUGUGAUGUGAGGAGGAGGUGGCAGUGACAGCCAGUUGUGCAGGUGUCCCGCAUGGGGGAUCCCUCAGGCCCAGAGCACCCAAAUUCCCUGUGAGCUGGGGGUGCUGUGCUGCUUCCAGCUGCUGCCCCAGCCCAGGAGACUGGUGUGGGAGCUGUUGGUCUGGCACAGCACAGGUGACAUUGACUGCACACCACAAGCACCCUCAGGGAUUUGUUCAGGCUGUUCAUGGAGUAAAUAACACCAAUUGCCUUAUUUUGGUCAGUUUGAUUAUGCUGUGUCCCUGCAUCCCUGGUAUUGCCCUGUCAUUCUCUGUGGUCCCAAAAGAACCUGAGAUUUGGAUAUAGUGUUGCAGGCCAGCCAGUCACGACUAAUAUAUUGUGCACUGUUAGCAGGAGACUCACAGUCUUCCAAAGACAAAAUGGGCAGAAUUGCUUGGAAAAAAAGCUGAUUUUUUCCAUCAGUGACUUUCUCAGUCACUUCCACAGGACCUGCAGGUCAGCAUAUCCCAAGCACAACUCUGAGCUGUGUCAGUAGAACAUGGAUGGGAGUGGGCUAACCAGGGAGGGGCAGAGGGAGUUUGCAGUUGGGGUAAAUUAACAUGGGUGUUCACAGCCAGUGCCAGCAGGGAAAUUAAAAUUAACCCUGUGACCCCAGGCAUUACUGUAUUUAGUUUUAAUAAUACCUCUGAGUAUCAGUUGCAUGUGCCAGGCUGUGGUACCUGCUUGGGCCCAAGAGAGCCAUGCUCAUGUGGAGCCUCAGUGUUCUGUCAAGUGGGGUUAAGCUGCUAAAACAUAAAGUCCAUAAACUGCAUUAUACUUUCCUACCUUCUAUUUUAAAUGCAAGUGCAGAUAAUGAAUGACAAUCAGCUCACAUUCUAUCAACUUUUAUCACCUUUCCCCAAGAAAAUGGGUGGAGUCAGAGGUGAAAGAAGUAAUGGGAAAAAGAACCAAGGAAGGUAUCCAGCCCCCAGCCAGAGCCUGCUAGUCACAUGUGCAAAUCAUGUGUGCUACUAGUGAGGCUGAAUUCUAGGUGAGAUAAUUGGAGAUUACACAGUAGAGGCACCCACUCUUCUUCCUGGUGAGCUAAGGGAGCUGCUGGCAGCAGUCAAAACCUGACAGGCUUUUCUGUACUGUAGAAUAUGACUAGACCCACUCCUAGUCAGGGAUGAGCAGGAGGAUGGUCCUGAGAUGUACAGGACAGCCUCUCCAUGUCUGUAUAGGGCUGAAGAAAAAGUCUUCCAAACCUAUGCUUUCAUAAAUGGCCAUUAUUGGAGCUAAAUCUUGCUCAGUCUCCAGUGCUGUUCAAAGCUGUUUAUUGAGUCUCUUUUUAACUUAUCUUGUUUGUAGAUGACAAAUUGCUCUGUGCUCUAGUGGUUGGGUUGGUGUUUUGCCUUCCUCUCCUCAUUAGCUGAUCGAAGUUGCCAUCCCAACUACACCUCCCAGUCUUUUGACUUGGGCAUGUUGGCAUGAGGAAUCUCACAUCUGCAGUUGGUACAACUACCUCAGCUCAGUUACUCUGUGCAUUUGUCCAUAUACAAGUUAAAAAAUAAGGCUAAAUAAUGUUUAUACUACAUCCUUUAAAAUAAAACUGUUGCCCCAAAGUGUUGAAAACAGGAAAUAUAUUUCCUUCUCAUUACAUUCUGUCCCCUGAAGAUCUAAUGCAAUUGUUUUGAGUUAAAAAUCAAAUGAAUACAGAAUUACCAUACAAAAGCUUGCCACUUUUAUUUGCGUACAAAACAGAAAUGAAAGAGGUUCACAAUAAAUUAUCAGUGUGCUCCCA